UCUUCCCUUACCAUUGUUUCUGUUUUUGGUUACUGUUAUGGCUUCAGUCCUUUGUAUGAAGAAAAUUUCAAGGCUAAUAUCCCCGAGUCCAUGGAAAAACAAUCUGGACUCCUCCAGCAACUUUUCUCGUUCUGGGGAAGGCUCAGCAUUGCCUCCUUGUAAUACCUCAAGAGCUUUUUCUAAAUCUGUGGGAUCUGCAACUUCCACCUUUCCUUCUGCUGAAUAUUUGAUGGAUUUUCCUCAGUUUGAGCCCCAAGUUCGCUCCCCUUCGUUAUUUGAGCCACCUACAUUUGAAUCAGAAGUCAAGCUCCCUUUACAUGAAUAUGGAACCUCCGCAGCUUGUGAUAAAAGGCAAAAGCUUUUUUACAGACAUCAUCAAGAUGUUUUGGCUCAAUCCGUUGCUCAAAGCACUGAAGAAGGCUUGGAUUCCAACUUGAACAAAAGACAGUUAGCUUCACUUGGAACGGCUGAUAGAUCUUCUGUUAAAUACAAUCUUGAAAACUUUUUGGUGAGAAAUCCAAAUUUCCAGAUUCAAAAUGUUGAGAAACACUCAGAGGCUUCCAUAGUUGUUCCUGUUACUUCAUUUAAUCCUAAUUUAAGAAGUCCGCUCCCAAGUAAAACACGAAUUAGGUGGACGCCAAAUCUUCAUGAGAAAUUUAUCGAGUGCGUGAAUUGCCUUGGAGGCGCAGAGAAGGCGACUCCAAAGGGGAUAUUGAAACUGAUGGAUUUAGAUGGAUUGACAAUCUACCAUAUCAAGAGUCAUUUGCAGAAAUAUCGACUUGCCAAAUACCUGCCUGAGUCUUCUGAAGGAAAGUUUCAGAGGAAAGCCAAUGAACUGCAGCAGUUUGAUCCCAAAACUGUCAUCCCAAUCACUGAAGCUCUCCAAAUCCAGCUACAAGUACAAAGGCAUCUUCACGAACAGCUAGAAAUUCAAAGAAAUCUGCAAAUGAGAAUUGAAGCUCAGGGCAGACAGCUUCAGAAGUUGUUCAAAGAGCAAAUGAAAUCAAAUAAAAUUCUGUUUGAAACGCAAGGCCUGGAUGACCUUUUUCCUGACAAGAUUCAUGAAAAAACUCCUGAAAAUGACCAAGUUUUUGGUGUUGGAGAAGAUCAUCAAAACAACCAUUUUUCUUCAAAGAUCAGUUAGUUUGGGCUUCUGGGACAGUGCAGUGAAGUAAUGUUUUAAGCUAGAAUUGUGUCAUAGAAUUAGUUUUCUUUCUGUUUGUCAAUGUAAACACAAAAUGACAAAAGUCAGUGAAGGUGGGAAAUAAAAACUACUUUUUUAUGUGAUCUAUUUUUAGGGUUUCAUGGUAAGCCUGAUUGUUUGGUUACUUCUAAUAUGUAAGUUAAGAGAUCAUACUGCACUCAAAAGUAGGGCAUUUCAUGUUGAUCUAGGAAACUUCAA